AUUCUGUUGGCUGACUGGUGAAUAUCAGGGCUAAAACGUAUCGUGCAAGCUACCAGCUAGUUUUAAGUUUGCUCGGUCGGUGUGUAUAUUCCGCACCCAGUUUCCAGGCAUCGAUAUUUUCAGAUUGAAUUUUUCUUAUUUUUUUAUGUGUUUUCAACACUAAAAUUCAUGUGAACGUUGAGUCUGUGAGUUUGUAAGAAAAUUUGGCUACUAGUGGAGUGCAAAGACACCAGAUAAUUAUUGUUUAACUAAAAGAACUGUCGAGGUGAUGGGAAAAAAUACAUUUUUGUUACCAUAAUAGACUAAUCGAACUCUCUGUAUAAUUAAUAUAUAACAUCGGUUAAAGGACAAGGUUACACGGUUGCAGUGGCGAAACAAAUCUCGAAAAACGUUAGGGUUGGUUCAGUGUGAUUUUCCUUGUAUUUAAUCGUGUUCAUUGAGUAAAAUUUGUAUGUACACUUGUAACACACCAAUCAACCGAAUUACUUUCAAGCAGGUAAACGAGAAAAAAAAUAAGCAAAACCGUCAGAGCGAAAUUGUCAAUCCAUAACACAUUGAGUGUGUGUAUACGAAAAAGAAAGUCCUGAAACCACACCCGCGUAUAUAACCUAACUUUUCGUUUAUGCACAAAAAGAGGCGAUAUUUUAAUUGCUAAUUGUUCGGACUGGGUGACAUUGGUGUUUGUUUGAAUUGCUAAUAUCAAUUGUGUCAUCUACGGUCGUGUAUACCAUUUGAACAUUGCAGCAAAAGGACAAUUGAAAGAUUGAAAGAUUGCCACGAUAAUUCACCGAAAAAAAGGCACAUAUAUCAGGCAGAGCACUCGCUAAGUUUCGAGUGAUUAUUCAAAUCAAAACGUAAGGAUUCGCUUCGUAGAAAUAUGUUUGACAAGCUCAGGUGACGCAGCUGCAAUGACGAAGAUGCGUUAGCAGUGACUAUGGGAUCAGAGGCAUGGGCGUACGUGCGGACCCUGGGUCUUUCCGGUGGUGUCAGGCAUUAAGCCGGUCGCGAUCGUUCGCCACAACACUAAACAGCUGCAUAAUAUCGAUACUGAUACUUUUAACCAGUACCACAACCGCAAAUAAUCCUUUACCAGGUCAACAAGAUGCAAUACAUAUCACUGCCAUACUCGGAGAAAGUGUCGUUUUCAAUUGCCACGUCGAAUUUCCCAGCGAUCAUCCCGUUCCCUUUGUAUUGCAGUGGGAGAAGAAGGUGAGCGAAACGGGACAAGAAAUACCAAUUUACAUUUGGUACGAGAACUAUCCAACUCACAGCGGUGAAGGAUACGAAGGACGUGUAUCACGUGUUUCAACGGAUUCUCAAUUCGGUGCUGCAUCAUUGAACUUAACAAAUAUUCGCGAAACUGAUCAAGGAUGGUACGAGUGUAAAGUGGUGUUCUUGAAUCGUUCACCAAAUCAACACAAAAAUGGUUCAUGGUUUCAUUUAGAUGUUCAUGCACCACCCCGAUUUAGCGUUACCCCCGAAGAUAUUGUUUAUGUUAAUUUAGGUGAUUCUAUAAUUCUAAAUUGUCAAGCCGAUGGCACGCCUACACCCGAAAUAUUGUGGUACAAAGAUGCUAACCCCGUCGAUCCAUCUUCUACUGUUGGCAUCUUUAACGAUGGCACUGAGCUACGGAUAUCCUCAAUCCGAAGUGAAGAUAUCGGAGACUACACGUGUAUCGCGCGCAAUGGUGAGGGACAAGUCUCCCAUACGGCUCGUGUUAUAAUAGCGGGCGGCGCUGUAAUCAUGGUGCCGCCCACAAAUCAAACCAAACUAGAAGGCGAGAAAGCGACAUUUACAUGUGAAGCAAAAGCAAUGCCGGGAAAUGUCACAGUGCGCUGGUUUCGAGAGGGAGCUCCUGUCCGUGAAGUAGCAUCGCUCGAAACUCGCGUCACUAUACGUAAAGACGGAUCCCUAAUAAUAAAUCCAGUCAGCGCUGAUGACUCGGGUCAGUAUCUGUGUGAGGUGUCCAAUGGCAUUGGUGAUCCGCAAAGUGCUUCGGCCUAUUUAAAUGUUGAAUAUCCUGCCAAAGUGACCUUCACUCCAACUGUACAAUACCUCCCUUUCCGGUUAGCCGGUGUCGUUCAAUGCUAUAUCAAAGCGAACCCAAAUUUACAAUAUGUAACAUGGACCAAAGACAAAAGGCUACUGGAGCCUUAUCAAACUAAAGAUAUUGUUAUCAUGAACAAUGGUUCGCUCUUAUUUACUCGUGUCAAUCAAAAUCAUCAGGGACGCUACACAUGUACACCAUACAAUGCUCAAGGAACGCAAGGUUCAUCCGGGCCAAUGGAAGUAUUGGUUCGAAAGCCACCCGUAUUUAAUGUAGAACCCGAUCCCUUGUACCAAAGAAAAGUUGGCGAAUCGGUUGAAAUGCACUGCGAUGCACAGGAAGCCGAAGGUACCCAACGACCAAACAUUCAAUGGCAACGACGUGACGGUUUGCCACUGCAACGAAAUCGUGUGAAAGCACUGGGCGGCAACAUUACAAUUGAAAAUUUACGACGAAGUGACUUCGGCUACUAUCAAUGUGUUGCCUCGAAUGAGGUUGCGACCAUUGUGUCGGCAACGCAAUUGGUAAUCGAAGGCACCCAGCCACACGCUCCAUACAAUGUAUCCGGCACCGCUACCGAAUUUUCCGUCACCAUGAGUUGGAUGCCCGGCUAUAGUGGCGGACCGGAUUACAAGCAAGAAUACACGUUGUGGUAUCGUGAAGCGGGAAUAUCAGACUGGUCCACAAUUCCGGUAACGCCGUCGGGCAGCACACAAGUUACAAUAAAUCGUUUAUCUCCGGGUACUACGUACGAGUUCCAAGUCGUCGGAAAGAACGCUCUUGGUGAUGGAAUGAUGAGCAAAGUGGUGACCAUUAGAACUUUGGAUGCUGCAAAAUCCAAACCGAAUGCAAAAACAUCCACCUCAACCACAUCACCGAAUGAUCAUUCAUUCAAGGAAAUGCCUGAAGAGGCUGGUCCGAAGCCAGGUCAACCGAGAAAUCUGACUGUGACAGAGAUACCGAACGGUUUUCUCAUAUCAUGGCAGCAACCAUUGGAACGUGCUCAUUUGGUUCAAUAUUAUACAAUUAAGUAUCGCACCGAUGCUCAAUGGAAAACUUUGAAUCGCGGUCAAAUACGACCCGAAGAUACUUCCUAUUUAGUUAAAAAUUUAGUCGGCGGACGUACAUAUUAUUUUCGUGUAUUGGCAAAUUCAGUAAAAAGCUAUGAAUCUAGCGAAGAGGUUAAAUUUCCGGUACCAGCUCGUGUUAAACAUAAAGCUAUAACAGCUGGUGUUGUUGGUGGAAUAUUAUUCUUUAUCGUUGCUAUCAUUCUAUCUAUAUGUGCUGUAAAAAUAUGUAACAAGCGAAAACGUCGAAAACAGGAAAAAGCAUACAACAUGGUAGCUUGUAGGAUAACGGACGCCCGUAGUGCGACUAGUAGAACGGGCUCUGCUUCCAGUAGUCAAGUGCCUUUGAAAAAAUACCGACAAAGCCGAAUACCAGGUCUAAAUUUACUUUUUGCUAUCAUUCAUUGGAUAUGGCCAGCCGAUCGUUGUACGGGUUGCCAUUCCAUUUACUCCAUCACACCGCUGAAACAAAAUUCAACGAAAAACUUGGAUCAAAUUCAUCGUUCAGCUGAUGGUCGCUUCAUUCUAUCGAUCGACGAAACCGAUAUGAUCAUGCGACCGAGUAGUGCUGGUUCCGAUAACAGUGGCAGUGAUGAUGGUGGAUUUUUAGUGAAACAAGGGAUACACAAUUUUUCCCCUUGGCGUCGUCCAGCGAUUACAAGUCCCAACCAAAUGAGUAUCCGUGCACACGGACCCGGUGAAAGACAUUUACCUCGAUCGUAUGAAGGUCUACUGAGUAUCGGAAGUCACGCCACACAAAACUUGCUACAAACCGUUCCUGUCCAGUAUCAAUCUCAGCCUAUGGGUCACAACUUACACAUCAACACAAUCAGUGGCAAUGUACCCGGAUCAGUUAUGACCAAUCUAUACACUCCAUCUCGUGAGUCUCGAAUCGUUUCAAGCUCACCAGCAAAUUCUGUGGCUCUGACAGAGAUACGCUCACCUUGGACGCCUAGUGCAAUGUACUUCAACGAUAUCUCGUCUGUUCUUCAGCCCAGCUCUGCAGAACGUUCUCUGUCGAAACCUCGCAGUGAAAUAAAUCAACUUCGAUAUUUGCAAGAACGAUACUCGCAAGAAUUGCCGUCGUUGCGUGCAAUUCACGAAGAAACUCGCCGUAUGGCUCAAGGUUUCGUUCCAUUACAAAUACAGAUGCAUUCGCCAUCGUGGCGAUACUCACAACCACCCGUCUCUCAUCAUCACCACCAUCGACAUCGGACAAGAAUGAUGCCACGCCAUGCAAGAAUGGCACGCAGUGUACCUGAUCUCAAUUCACCAAAUUCACAAUUGAACUUGGCCAUGCAUAUAAUCGAGGCAUCGCCGGAAAGCCGAUCCAGUUCCAGUGGAUUCGGUAGCAAAAAUACUUCAACUCAACACAACCAAAGUUCACAGUCUGGCAGCACAAACGAAUGGCGCUAUCUUCCACCGUACAGACCUCCGCCUCCGCCACCUACAAUUUACGACAAUUAUCCCGUCACAUUCGCUUCAGCUCAAGACACUCCGCCGUACAAUAUGGGCCACUGGUUAGAGUUAAUCACACGGUUAAAUGCCGCAUCAGAAUCCGUGAAUGUUCCGAAAGCGGCCGAUGUGGGUAGCGUUGACUGCCAUUAUGAAUUUGAUCCCGCCACAGCGACUCCAACUCCCACAGCAUCCACACCAACGGGUGUCCGCGACGAUCAUUUCGUUGGUGAUCUGAAAUACACACCGCCAUAUUCGCAACAAACACUGCCGCUGCAACAGCGUAAACGUUUAGCCAAAUACGAUAACAUCGAGGCCAGAGUGCAGGCUAUGAAGGAAGAAUUCUAUGCUUACCGCAAACGACAAGCAAUGCGACGAUCUGGUGUAGAACUGGAAAGUGCAUGUUAGGCUUUAAAUGGAUGGAUGGAUUUUGUUAAUUCAAUUUAAGAAAGAAAAAAAUGUUUAAAUGUUUGGGACAACCAAAAUCGAUUCUAUGAUGGCAUUACGGAGCGUGACAGUUUAUGGAUGUUCUUGGUAAGUCAAUACAUUCAAUAAUGCCUGAGGAUAGCCAGCACUCAAUUGAAGUCCAUGUAGUACUCUACAAAGUUCAAGGAGUGACAUGACUUUCUCCAGUGCUCAAGGUCAGACGAGCUACUCUACGGGCAAUGCUGUGAACCAGCUCGUAAAAUUGGUUUUAAAAAUUUAAAAAUUUUGAGCGGUCCAAAAUCCGGGCCUGUUAAUGCUAGACACUUGCGCUUUCUACCUUCACUCUCUUCCUUUUCAUCUUAUUUUAUUUCGGUAUUUUUCCGGUGUCCAGAGCAGACAACAUGAAAGUAUAUCCAAACCCACUGUUGAACAUUUCCUCAGGCUACGAAUGUGAUUUAUCUGACCGAAUUAAUCGAAUUAAUUUUGCCACUGUCACCACACAACAUAUUUUGUGUUUGAUGCAGUUUGAUCUCGACACCAUUAUUGUGUUCAAAACAAUCCAGUUCCUAUUGUGCGUCAGCAAGUAAUUAAUUUUCCAAUUUAUAGUUCUUUGAAUUAUUUAUCGUUUGUGGAUGGUGGAAAAUGUGCUCUAAUUCAUUUCGAAAAAACGAAUUGUCUCUCCUUUUUUUCGUCUCGGCAUCUGAGAUUCGGAUUCAAAGAGAAGUCAUUUUCAGAGAUUUUUUUUUUCUUGACCGGGAUUCGGAUGAGUAUGAUGAAAAUUCGAUGAUAGUCUCUUAAAAACCCAGAUCGUAUAGUAAAAGGAAAAAUUAACAAUUUAUAUAGAAAAAAUGAAUGAACGAGAAAUGUUUAUUGUAUAAUUCAGCACUAAUCUACUACUUGAAAAAUCGUAAUGACAAAAGUUAAUUCAAAUGAAAUUUAAGUAGGUAAACUCAAUUUAAAUUAAACAAAUAAAAAAGUAACAAACAAAAGAAUAAUGAAAGCGUAAUUAGGAUUUGCAAAAGAAAGAAAAUAAAAGUAAAAACAAAAAGCAAGAACAUAGAUAAUUAUAAAUUAAAAAUUAAAAUUAAUUAACACACAUGAAAACGACUUACAUUUAAAUUAUAACGUUUUUAAACAUAAAGAAAAGAAUUUAGAAUAAAUUGAGAAAAUUAAUUCCAAUGAAAAGAAAAUAAAAAAAUUAAGAAAAUUAAUUAUUUAUAAAAAAAGAGAAAGGAAAAAUUCUACGACUAAGAAUAAUAUUGAACGCAUCGUGGAUCAACGAUUCUGUAAAUAAAAAGAAAGAAAAAAGAUAAAUCAAUAAACGGGAUAUAAAAAGAAUUAUGAGAAAUUAUAAAAAAAUGAAAAAUAAAAAAAAAAACAAAAAAUUAAUGUUCUAUUGUGAAAAACGUAAUGUAAAUUGCAAUGACUUAAACUACCUAAUUAAAUUAUGAACUUAACAUCAAGACAAACAAGCAAAGAAAAAAAAUUAUUAAAAAAAAACAAAUUAUCGAUUAACAUAACCUACUAUUCAACUAAACAAAACAAAACAAAAAAUAGUGAAA